CCUGCAGCCCAUCUGGCGGAGCGGCGGCGGCGGCGGCGGCAGGAGAAUGGCAUCAGAACUGGCAAUGAGCAACUCCGACCUGCCCACCAGUCCCCUGGCCAUGGAAUAUGUUAAUGACUUCGAUCUGAUGAAGUUUGAAGUGAAAAAGGAACCGGUGGAGACCGACCGCAUCAUCAGCCAGUGCGGCCGUCUCAUCGCCGGGGGCUCGCUGUCCUCCACCCCCAUGAGCACGCCGUGCAGCUCGGUGCCCCCUUCCCCCAGCUUCUCGGCGCCCAGCCCGGGCUCGGGCAGCGAGCAGAAGGCGCACCUGGAAGACUACUACUGGAUGACCGGCUAUCCGCAGCAGCUGAACCCCGAGGCGCUGGGCUUCAGCCCCGAGGACGCGGUCGAGGCGCUCAUCAGCAACAGCCACCAGCUCCAGGGCGGCUUCGAUGGCUACGCGCGCGGGGCGCAGCAGCUGGCCUCGGCGGCCGGGGCCGGCGCCGGCGCCUCCCUGGGCGGCAGCGGCGAGGAGAUGGGCCCCGCCGCCGCCGUGGUGUCCGCCGUGAUCGCCGCGGCCGCUGCGCAGAGCGGCGCGGGCCCGCACUACCACCACCACCACCACCACCACGCCGCUGGCCACCACCACCACCCGACGGCCGGCGCGCCCGGCGCCGCGGGCAGCGCGUCCGCCUCGGCCGGUGGCGCGGGCGGCGCGGGCAGCGGCGGCCCGGCCAGCGCCGGGGGCGGCGGCGGCGGCGGCGGCGGCGGAGGCGGCGGCGGAGCGGCGGGGGCGGGGGGCGCCCUGCACCCGCACCACGCCGCCGGCGGCCUGCACUUCGACGACCGCUUCUCCGAUGAGCAGCUGGUGACCAUGUCGGUGCGCGAGCUGAACCGGCAGCUGCGCGGGGUCAGCAAGGAGGAGGUGAUCCGGCUGAAGCAGAAGAGGCGGACCCUGAAAAACCGCGGCUAUGCCCAGUCCUGCCGCUUCAAGAGGGUGCAGCAGAGGCACGUCCUGGAGUCCGAGAAGAACCAGCUGCUGCAGCAGGUCGACCACCUCAAGCAGGAGAUCUCCAGGCUGGUGCGCGAGAGGGACGCGUACAAGGAGAAAUACGAGAAGUUGGUGAGCAGCGGCUUCCGAGAAAACGGCUCGAGCAGCGACAACCCGUCCUCUCCCGAGUUUUUCAUGUACCCAAGGGAAUCCUCUACAUCAGUGAUGUGAAAAAUCCUGUUGCCUGAAGUCCAAGAGAUGUUCCUGACAUUGGCUAAGACCCAUCUGGAUGCAACCAAGCCUUACAGAGCGGCCUCCCCCGGGGCAGGGCAGGUGGGACCCACAUGUAGGGGAGGGGCCUUUUUGUAGCUUUCCUUGGCACCUAUGGGACUUCCCUGAUGGAACUGGUAUAAACAGCACUUCCCGGGUUCUAAGUACCCAUAUUUUUUGUUUUUUGUUUUUGUUUUUUUUCCCUAAUCUUACAGUUAGCUGAGUGGAUGUGUUCUCUCCUGACUGUACCUAUUUGGAUGUGAAUUCAGACACACAUCAGGAAGGCUUUCCUGUGUUAUGAACUGUGAUAUAAGCAAGAGACACAGUAAAAGGACUCAGAAAUCUUGUUGCUCCUUUGUAUAACUCGCCAUCCCCUACUGCCCCUAAUCAUCCAGAAUAAAACGCAAGCAUGUUUUCCUGAC